AUUUCCGCGAGAGCUCGACUUUGGUGAGGUCGCGGAGACCCUGGGCAAGGUUACUGGUGUGGUCCAAGUUCAUGACCUGCACGUCUGGAUACUGUGUGAUCAUCACUUCGUCCUCACCUCACACAUAGUCAAAGACCCUUCGGCAGACUCCCAGGAGAUUUUGCGGGAGGCCACGGCGCAAGUCAACCUGGAGUACGAUAUCCAACACGUGACCCUGCAAGUCGAGGACUUCCACCCCACCAUGAAAACAUGCGACAACUGCCGACUUCCCGUAGGCUGAGUGUUUUACUCAAAGAUAUAUGAAAUAAUAUUCAAAGCCAUUGAUGUCAAUCUUAUCUAUAUUCAACAUAUAUCCCAGAAUGUACUAGCUAUAACAAAUUGAAAUAUGAUCUACAUAUCUAUAUGAUAAACAGAUCUACGUGGUAUAACAAACAUGUAUGUGAAUAUAUAGUGUUACAGAGAUACUCUAGUGUGUACGUGCAUAUAUCUGAAACGUAAGGAACCAGAGAGCUAGUAAAAACGCGUCAUGCAGUACUACUUUCAAUUAUACAAAUGAUAUAUCUGCGUAAAACAAUAUCGUAUCUAAAUGGAAAUGUAUUAACAUGUUGGCGCGUCGUUUUGCAAUGUAGUUUCCCCCGUUUUACUGUGGAGAGCUUUUGUUGAAGACGUCGUCUGUAGUUAUGAUGCAAGUAUAUAUUUGCUAAAGAUGUUUAAGUCUAGCAACAAAGAUAAGCCGUAUAGUUAUUGAUACAUCACUUCAUAAAUUGUAAUAUAGAAAAGGCUAUGGAGUAUGCAUGACAUAAUGACAUCGCGUUUCCAAAAUAAAUUAUUGCAAGGGUAAAAUUAGAAUUAAAGUACGAAUAAAAUACGAUAUAAAUAUACGUUAUUGAAAGGAGAAACGACGACGAAUGUUUGAAAUGCUAUAGAGAAUCUUGAGAAAUUGAAUAAAUAAAAACGCAUUAAGCAAAAUGA